ACCUCCCAUCUCUUUCUUUUCACUCCAUUGUCCGUUGUAUGCAUGACGCACGUCUGGCCUGUUUGGCUACGACAGCAAUGCAUGGGGAAAAUCUUAUCACGGGGAGUUUUUCUGGAAAUCGCAGAAACUCUUCUACAUUGGUGGGUCUAUUUGAAAACCAGAUUCCUGGGAUCUUUUGCAAUACUCCGGGGGAGAUUUUUAGUGUGGGGUGUCGUGUUCAAAAAUAGCCGGCAAUAAUUGUGUACGUGCAUGUUGUUGAACGUGUGAGAGGAAAUUAUUGUUUUCUUAUGAACGGAUAGUAUACUUAAUAACGAUGAAAUUCAAGAUAAUACUGCUGGUCCUGAUGUGUGCUGGUACAAUGGCGACUUCAGAUGUCACCAAGCGAUGCAAGAGGAAAGAGAUAAGAGAUAGAUUGGAAGAAAUAGCUUCAUCAUUUUGCCACUGGUACAAAAUAAAGAUGAAUGCAAGGCAUCAGAAAGCUUCCAAUGACAACGUUUCAAAAGAAGUUGCAUUGAAUGAAGAGAAAUUAAAAAGAGAUUACGAACACUAUUGGAGAGGAAUCGAAGAAGUAGAUCCUGUUAUUCUGUCCCAAUUGAAUGAAACACUAUCUCGAUGGAUACAGAAAUAUGAGAAAACUCACGUUCAACAUCCGAGGUAUAUGUCUAAGAAAACUGACUCUACUUCAACUGCAGUGGAUUUGAAGAGUACUGACUUGGAUCAUGGAGUUCGUAAAAGGAGAUUGGCCAAAUAUCCUAAAGUAAAUAGAGCUUAUGGUCAAAUGUCCCCCUUCUUCAGAGGCAGCCACGGAAAACGAUUCAGCAGUGUUAAAUCAGCCAAACACUUUUUCAAGAGGCAACACCAGAACAAUUUUUCAAGAGUCAAAAGAGAAGCUUUGUAUGAUUUCUUUGAGGAAAACAACGCAGAGAAAAAUGAUACCUCUUUCGAUAAUGGAUUUUGGGAUGCCAUUUUUUACGGCGUGCCAGCCACAAACACAGAAAAUCCUUCUGGCCUAUUCGACACUGAAUCAUUUUUCAGUUCUGACCAUGACGCUAAUCAAGAGGGAACAAUUCCAGAAUCACAAUUAGAUCAUUAUGAUGCGGAAGUGCUGCCAGCUAGUGAAAUUUCUUCAAGUGUAGAAUCACAUGAAUCAAAUCAUCCCCAAGAACACAGGACUUUAGAAGAUAAACAAACAACAUCUAAGCCAUCCCCAGCAACCGAUAAUCAUAACCCAGAAAUGGUAGACUAUCCACAUACUACCACCGAUGAUUGGAUGCUUUUGACAACCCCAGAAGACAAUUCACCUUUGGACACCGAAUCCGUAACUGAUUUUAUUAAGUAUUUGGAACGCAUAUCAGGUUUUGAAGAAGCUCAACAACCAGAAGAAUCAAAUCACAAAGAAGAUAUUUUUGAGAAGAUAGAACCUGUGCAUCCGGAGGAAGAUUUAUCAAAACCUGUGCAUGACGCUGACAGGGAGACUAAUUUCUGGUUGAAAUCUAUGAUGGGAAUUCCUGGAUUGAAUUUUCCUAAUUAUCACAAUAUUCCAUUGACUUCCUUCACCUGUUCCAGAAAGAAGUUACCCGGAUUUUAUGCUGAUAUGGAAAGUGCUUGCCAGGUGUUUCAUGUAUGCUAUCAGGAUAGAAGAGAGAGCUUUUUGUGUCCCGUCGGAACAGUUUUUAAUCAAGCUGUUUUGACGUGCGAUUUUUGGCACCGAAGCAAUUGCUCUUUAACCAAUUAUUACAUUCAAACAGAAAACGAAGUCUUCCCAAUAAGAAAAACUGUUUUGCAAGAAAAUUCUACUUCUAAAUCUGUGUCUGAAGUACCUGUUGAACAGGUUUCAGCCUCGUCCACUCCCGCAUACGUAGAUUCUUCCAUCGCUUCUAAAAAUUCAUCUUCAGCUGUUUCCAACGACAAGCCAAUACCAACUACCGACUUGAAAUUUUUCUCAAGAUUUUUACCAAUUAAAGCGAAAGUAACCAUUUAUCCAGCAGCUGGUGAUAAAAGAGCCAAAGUGGAAGCCGUUGCUUCGAUUGGCCAUAGAAGCAGGGGUAAGAAGCGCAGACCCACCGCUCCUGGAUUUCACCAGAAGAUAAGGGUAAGCUCUAGGCAGAAUGGAAUUGACCCUAAUGUGAACAAAAUUAUACGAGAUGCAUUUGAGAUUGUCAGACAAGUUCUGGAAGAAAGCGGAUCCUUAUUUCCACCAAGACGACCUUCAACACGUUCUCCAAAAGUAGCUGCAUCUACAGUCGGUCCCAAAAGACCAACAGUACCUGCAUCUACAGACGAUUCCAACAGACCAAGACCAGCAGUACCCGCAUCUACAGUUGGUUCCAACAGACCAAGACCAGCAGUACCUGCGUCUACAGUUGGUUCCAAAAAACCUGUAAUACCCAAGUCGUUGCCAACGCUAAAUCCAAGGUUCAUCAUUCAGCCGGUUUAUCCAAAGAGUGAUACACGGAAGGAACUCAAGCCUUCUUCAUAUCUUCUAGAUGAUCAUUUCGAAAUUAGGAAAGAUUAGAAGAAUUAAAAAGUCACACAUGUUUUGUAUUAAAUGCAGCACUCAUUUGAAAAAAAUCAUUAAAAACAGUUUCAAUAA